AACCUUUCUUUUUUAACCCUCAUCUCCACCUCCCCUUCUCUCUCUCCCUUCUUCAUAAACCAGAACCAACCCUCACAAAAACACAAAAUUAUUGUAAAACAGAAAAAAAAAACGUUCGAGAAAUUGAAAGAAUGGGAGAGAGCGCGAGGAAUAGUAAGCGAAUAGCUGAAACUGGAAUUCUAGAAUCUUCAGUCACAAGUUUCUCUAAGAAAAUGAAAUUUGAUUUUGACGAGUUUAGCUUACCUUCGUUUAAUUUCAAGCUCCAAGCUCAUCUUUGCACCACAAUGUCACCGGACAAUUUGAUUUCGUCGGCGGCUUCAUCGAAUUCUGAUCGCUUUAUAACCGGCAAUUCCAGCUGUGGCGACUCUCCGGUUUCCUGCUGCUCCAGCAAUGAAUCGAUCAAGGUUGUGAAGGACAGCUUGAGGUUUAUAGAUCUGGAGGCGAAGAGUUCCGAAACGGAAAGCUCGACGUGCAAUGACAGGAAAUUCAGUAGAGAAACCACUCCUUCAAGCGAGUUUCACGGGAUGUACUCGCCGGCAGCCGUGGAGAAGAAAGAGAAUUCUCACAGGAGAAAGUCACCGGCUGUGAAAAUGCCGAGUCAGGCUGAGAUCGAUGCGUUUUUCGCGGGGGCAGAGAGAGAGGAGCAGAAAAGAUUUGCAGAGAAGUACAACUACGAUGUUGUGAAGGAUUUGCCAGUGGAGGGUCGCUACCAGUGGAUUUGUCUGAAGCCAGAGAGGAAAAUAGAGAAUUGAUAGAGUUCAAGGGGUAGCAUUAGCAUGCAUCUAGCAUGCCACUAUUUAAUUUGCCAUUUCUAGGAAGGUUACUUAGUUUGUUAAUGUACAGUUCCUUUUUUCUUUUCUUUAUUUUUUUGGAGACCUCUCUUUAUUUUUAUAAUAUAUAAAUAUAUAUAGAAGAAGGCAGCUCUAUUAAUUAA